UGCUUUUUACCGUUUUAAGUUUUUUUCGCGGCGACAAAACUCCUCUUUCAGACAACUGCGCAGAAAUAAGAAAAUCAUCAUGGAUGAAGAGGUAAUGGAUUUCUUCGACUUUUCGAAGGAGUGCAAGCGAGAAGUGGCACCCCCGAGUGGGUGUAUAAGUUCCGAUGUGAACAGUAUGACCACGGAAACCAACGAAUCCAAGCCUCCAAAACGCGAGGUCUUUGGCGUCGAGUACGCGGGGGAAAUCGUGGCCAAGGAGAAGCAGCGCUUGGAUGGGCUGCUGGGCAACGAACGCUCUCGCAACCGCACUCUAGACGACAUUGACACCGAUGACGACGACGACGAGGAUAUCAAGAUCCGCACGGAUGAGGAGUACUACAAAAAGUACAGGUUUAAUCUCAACCGCGACAAAAACUUGCCGAUCUACGCCAAGCGCGAGGAGAUCAUAACGGCAAUCAAUGCAAAUCCGGUCGUCAUUCUGAAGGGCGAGACAGGUUGCGGCAAGACGACGCAGGUCCCUCAAUACAUUCUUGACGAGGGCUUCAGGACCGGCCAGUACUGCAACAUUGUGGUAACCCAGCCGCGUCGCAUAGCCGCCAUCUCCAUUGCAAACAGGGUUUGCGAGGAGCGCCAAUGGCAACCGCGCACGGUGUGCAGCUACCAGGUGGGCCUGCACCGGGAGACUGGAGAGGACACCCGUUUGCUCUACUGCACCACGGGAGUGCUCUUGAACAUACUGAUACAUAAUAAGACCUUGACUCACUAUACCCAUAUCGUGCUCGAUGAGGUGCACGAGCGCGAUCAGGAUAUGGAUUUCCUGCUCAUUGUGGUGCGUCGCCUGCUGGCAACCAACUCGCGCCACGUAAAGGUCAUCCUGAUGUCGGCUACGAUCGAUCCUCGCGGCUUUGCCGAUUACUUUGCCACCAGGAACUCGAUGCCACCAGUGAUCAGCACCAGUCAUGGACGUAAACACUCGAUCGAGAAGUUUUACCGCGAUCAGUUGACCAGUAUCAAGUGGAAAGACGAUGUGGAGGAACAGUACGAACCGCGAAUCCUGGAGGACGGCUACAAGGCGGCGGUGAAGAUUAUUCUGGUCAUUGACAACAUGGAACGUCAGGCGGAGAGGCAUUCGGGCGUGAGCUACCACGAGGCCAUGCGCCAAGGGGCCGUGCUCAUCUUUUUGCCCGGUAUCUAUGAGAUUGACUGCAUGGCGGACAGUAUUACCCAUUUGGUGAUGCAAGAUAACUCCAUGAAAAUUAAUAUUGUGCGAUGCUACUCCCUUAUGUCCACCGAAGAUCAGCGGGGUGUGUUUGAAUCCUCGCCGUCCGGAUACCGGAAGGUUAUUCUCACAACCAACAUUGCUGAGAGCUCGAUAACGGUACCGGAUGUGUCGUACGUCAUCGACUUCUGCCUUACCAAGGUGCUGGUCACCGAUACGGCCACCAACUUCAGCUCUCUCCGUCUGACCUGGGCCUCCAGGGCCAAUUGUCGCCAGCGCGCCGGUCGCGUGGGUCGUCUCCGAAGUGGUCGUGUCUACCGAAUGGUCACCAAGGCAUUCUAUCAACAGCAAAUGUUGGAGUUCGGUAUACCGGAGAUGCUGCGGCAACCCCUCCAGAACUCUGUGCUGAAGGCCAAGGAGCUUGGCAUGGGUUCCCCGGUUGAGAUAUUGGCUCUGGCCCUGUCUCCACCAAAUCUCUCCGAUAUUCAAAACACAAUACUGCUGCUCAAGGAAGUUGGCGCUUUGUUUCCGACUGUAGAUGGUAUUUAUAACGAGAUGGACGGCGACAUUACCUUCUGGGGUACUAUCAUGUCGCGCCUGCCGGUGGACACUCGCCUGAGCCGGCUGAUCAUAUUAGGUUUUGCGUUUAAUUUACUCGACGAAGCAAUCAUCAUUGCCGCUGGACUUUCGUUGCGAGCCUUGUAUACAGACCCAGGGCGCAGUCGUCAAUUCGAGGCAUUUUGGAUGCAUUACAUCUUUUCCGAUGACUCUGGCUCCGACUUGGUGGGCAUCUGGCGCAUAUACAAUACUUAUUUAAACAUGUGCGAAAAUAGCCUCCAGCAGGACUCAGCUGGAACAUGGGCGAAGCGAUUCCAUGUCUCCCUGCGAUCUUUGAAGGAGAUGCACCUGCUGGUACAGGAACUACGGUCUCGGUGCUACAAGUUGGGCUUGCACCCAAUUCCCUCCGAAGCUAACCAUAACAUAAGCGACAUGGAAAAGAUGAUUAUUCUCCAAGUUAUUAUUGCCGGCGCCUUCUAUCCAAACUAUUUUAUACGCUCCAAGAACGCAACUGUGGAACCGGAUCGCGAUAUGUAUCAAAUUAUCUCAGGCCUAGAUCCGUGCCGUACCGUUUACUUCACCAACUUCAAGCCCGGCUACAUGGGCGAGCUGUAUACCAGGCGAAUUAAGGAACUCUUUCAGGAGGCGAAAAUACCGCCCGAGAACAUGGAUGUGACCUUCCAGCACGGCUCCCAGAAGGUGUUUGUCACAUUCAAGCAGGACGAUUGCAGUGAUAACACCUCCAAGCUGGUCCGUGUGCCUGGCCGAGUCAAAACCGAAGUCUAUAAGGCGGUUAGGAUGAGGCUUAACAAGCUGUGUCGUCCACUGCGCAUAAUGGAACACAACAUCGCCAUGAACUAUGUUCAGCAGCGCAAGAUUGGAGAUGUGAUCGAGGGUCGUUGGAUUCCACCUUCCAAGGCCGUAAACGUGGAGCUUCUGGCCCUGCCCUCCGUGUACGACAAGAAAGUUACUGGCCAGAUUACCCACAUCUACAACUGCGGCAAGUUCUACUUUCAACCGCUGUCCUUGGGCGAGUGCAUUCGCAACAUGACUGAGAUUUUCAACAGCCCGCAACAGCUAAGUAUUCAUGUGGCCAAUGCGGGUGCCAUCACCAAGGGCCUGAUGGUGCUGGCCAAGCGCUGUUCUCACUUCCAACGUGCCUUGGUGAUCCGACCGGAGAACCAAACAAAUCGCCAGCCCAAGUUUUAUGUUCGCUUCAUCGACUAUGGCGACGUUGUGUUGCUUCCCAUGGAGAUGCUUCGGCUGAUGCCGGACGAGCUGCAGCGCCAGUACGGGGACCUGCCACCCCGGAUGUUCGAGUGCCGACUGGCGCUGGUGCAGCCAUCAUCGGUGAUUAGCAGCAGCAAUCAGUGGUCCCAAAAGGCCAACGAAAUGCUCGAGUCGCUUGGGAAAUGCGGCCGGUUCGAGGUGGAGGUAUACUCCCUGGUUGAUGAUGUGGCCGCCGUUAUCAUUCACAUGCGCGACGGUAUUCUCAACGAGAAGAUCGUUGAGCUGAAGCUGGCCCGUCGCGCCGACGAAGAUUACAUGUCCCGAAUGGAUCAUGAUUUUCGCACACGCAAGCAGGAGACCGUCAGGCAUUUGACUUCGGCGGAGCGGCAGCAGUUAAACGAAGAGUAUCUGCGCUCCUGUCAGAUGCCAAAGGAUCUUGAUCUGCCACCGCCACCGCUGGACAGAUGCCACUCGGUGGCGCUGCUGAAGGGACCCUACAGCCCCCUGGAGACCUCGAUGCAGUCCACCAUUCGUGUGGGCAUGUGGAAAACCGUGAAAAUCGACAGAAAUUCGGUGAACGCCGUGCUUCUACACGACAAUCCUCAGGAUCAGCACGAUCAGCUGAUUGUUUCCCAUGCCACGGUGGAGAGUACCGAUGGCCAAAUUCUGACUGCCCGCGGCACCACACUGAUGCCGAAUGUGCACGGAUUUGGAGCACUGAUGGUCAUGCUAUUUUGCCCCACAAUGCAGAUCAAGUGCAAUCGUUAUGGCACCAAGUAUGUGUCCAUAUUGGCGGGGCUGGGCUACAAUCCUGAGACCAUGGAGCCCUACUUUGAGGAGCACGACACGGUGAUCAAUUUGGAUGUGAAGAUACUCGAGGACGAUGUGAGACUGAUCAACCAAAUGCGCUACAACAUUGAUAGCGUCUUCUUUAACUUUGAGGGCGAGGAAUUUCCCACCUUGGGCGUACAUGAUCGCGCCAAAGUAUGCAACCAGCUGCGGUCGCUGGUCUUCCGUCUCAUCAGCAAAGAUCGCAGCUACAUUGAGGUGCACUCAAGCAACGCAGACUACUUGUGGGAGAAGUUGGAGGACUUGGAACCGCAGGCGGAGCCGUUUGGCAAGCGUUCCAUAUUCCCCAUGCACGCCAUUCCGGAGCUGCAGGAGGAGCCCACAGACAGCGUUACGAUGCUGGUGUCAAACUGCGAAGAGUUGCACAAUUGGCGCACCUACCAAGGUGUCCUGAAGCCAGUGACCUGCAAGCUGUGCAACCAACAGUUGGAAUCGGUUCCGCAGCUGCGAAUGCACUUGCUCACCCAGCUGCAUCGCGAUCGCGAGAGGCAAAUUGGAUAUCGUGACGAGGACCGUUAAUUCACCCAUCGAAGAAGGAAGCUAUUUUUUAUUUAUUGCAACUACUGACUAUAUCCUUAAUUUUUCUUUAGUUUUUCUUCUAUAUCAUAACUGAGAAAGUUAACAUUUAAUUUUAAAACCAAAGAGAAGCAAUUGAAGAAUGCUAUAAUUUUUGUUAUUUUCUCGCUAGAGAUUUCCUUUUCGUAUUCAAGCCCUACAUAUAUAUUUCAAAUAUGCAUUUUGACUAUUAACAAACAAUAAACAUUAUAUGGCAAACA